AUUUAUUAUUUACUAUUUUAUUUUUUUUUUUCCCCUUCGCCCUAUCAGUUACACGGCAGGAGAGGAGAGUUCUAUAACCCCGAAGCCCGAUGCGCUGGACUCCCGAGGGAUGGUCGGACCAAGUGUAUGCACUCGGUAUGUGUGUAUGUACUACGUUCGGCAGACCUGCGGUGGGACACUUUGUGGUGCUGCACAACUCUCCUUUUCGUGUUCCAGGCUGUGAUCGCGGGUCCCUGAUGAUCAGACACAUUGGCAAAGGAACUAAAAGACACGAAGAGACCAUCUCAUAUGGAGGAGGGAGUAACUUCAUGAAGAAGGUCCCUCGUCGACUAAGAUAUCCAACCGCGUCAGAAAGCUACCGGAGAAAGGCGAGAGCGUGUGUGUGUCCCAAGCUGAUAGGGAUGGAUUGUUUGUGGGGAGAACUGGGGGUGAGCUGGGGGUUUGUUAGGCUGCUCGGCGAAAGGGUGGCUGAGAGAGAUUGAUUUUGAAUACGGGAGAGCGCGGGGUACCAUGACCCUUGGUCUUUGUUCUCUUUUCGAUGUUUUGUGCUGAGCCACCGGGAAACGAAAGUUUUUUUUCCAACGAACCGCUGGGGAGAGAGGGGGGAAAAAGACGUUUGUGGGGAAUUUCUUCGGGAGUUUAGGCAACCAGUGCUGUCAAUCAGGCCGGUCUUGUUCGUAUUUUUUUUUUUUUUCUCUUCAUGAUUUUCAAUGUAGGAUCUUAAGCAGACUCGAUUCCCGCACGUGCGAGAAUAGAGCAGCGAAGUUCAUUAGCAGUUGGUCAUACAGAGCCAGGACUCGGAGGAUCGACCGUCCAUCGUAGCUCACGAGAAAGAAGGUUGAAUAAUAGUUGACUAAAACUCCAUCA